CUUUUUUUGUUUAUCUGGUUUCAACGAGAAUAUCCGAAUUGAAUUGCCCUCAUUGCCUUUAUCUUUCUCCCCCCAAUUGCGCGAGUGCGGAUUCGUUAUACUGGACCACGCCUGCCAAUUGACCAACGUGUCCCCCCCACGCCUCUCCGCCCUUAGCAUCCCUCCCUUGGGUACCCUAAGCCCAGUGGUGCCGGUGACCACGCCUGGUGACAAGAAAGUCGCUAUACUGUACAAAGAUCACAAAAACCCACAAAUACCGCAUGGAUGACCCGAUCAGAUAGCACCGACUCAACCGCCGACGACCUCACCUUCACACCUUCCGGCACAGAGUCUCCUCUUCCUCCUCCUGUCCAUCGACUGUCUCCCCUUCCUCCUUCGUCCAUUUCCAAAGCCCGCCCUCCCAGUCCUCUUCGACUCAACUCACUCCCCCCAGAAGUAAAAGAAGACUUUCGACCGACUCGACAACAGGUACAAUUUGAUGCAUCGGACCCUCUCUCCGACGACGAAAUGUCUGACCGCCCGUCCAUGCACCGACCGACGGGGCUGCAGUCUCACGUGCCUCUUCUCGCCGAAGACAAACGAGAGAACGCGGGUCGCAAUCGUGGUCGUCCUGAAGGGCUAGCGAGUCGACAACACUCGUUUGCCUCGCACCGAAGCACGUUUCGAUCGCGAUCCCCCACGUACGCACAGCCCGAGGAUGUCGUCCGUCGAAAAUACAUCUACGCUUCUUUUUUCCUGGUCCUCUCCUUGAUCUCCUUCGUCGUCCAGACCGAGACCGCCGUGUACAUUCAGCACGAACUACAUUGGAACAAGGCAUACUGUAUGAUGUACCUGACACACGGAUCGUGGGUGUUCCUCUGGCCGGUCCAGCUGGCCAUUAUACGAGUCCAAAAGCGAAAACUCUCAUGGCCUGCGUUCUGGCGACGACAUGUGACAUUGCUACGAAGUACGGCCCAGAUGGUUCAAUCACAAGACCUCCAUGCGCCUUCGUCUCCGGUGCUGAACAAGGUCUCUCCAUGGCCUUACAUGAUCAAGAUGACGGCCUUCAUCACAACCUUCUUGACCAUGGCCGGCGGGUCGUGGUACGUCGCGGUUGAUUUGACCAGCCCUUCGGACCUGACGGCGAUUUACAACUGUUCGGCAUUUUUCGCAUACGUCUUCUCGAUCAUGCUACUCAACGACAAACUCCGCCUCGACAAGGCCGUCAGUGUCGGUCUGGCGAUCAUCGGCGUGUUUGUGGUUGCAUAUGGUGACAAAGACGACUCAGGAUCGGGUUCUGGAGAUGAGGAAAAGAAAGGGUUCGGGACAAAGUUGCUAGGCAAUAUUGUUAUCGGUAUUGGGUCGGUGGCGUACGGGUUUUACGAGGUUCUUUACAAGCGCUACGCGUGCCCUCCUGAGGGGUGCAGUCCGGGCCGUGGGAUGAUAUUUGCCAACACGUUUGGAAGCAUGGUUGGUCUUUUCACGUUGACGGUGCUGUGGAUUCCUUUGCCCAUUUUGCACAUUACUGGGUUGGAAAUCUUUGAGUUGCCGAGCCGACGAGCCGCAGGCCUCCUCGCAAUCUCAACCUUGUCCAACGCUGUGUUCAGCGGCUCUUUUCUGGUCUUGAUGAGUUUGACAAGUCCGGUGUUGAGUAGCGUGGCGGCUCUGUUGACGAUUUUCUUGGUCGGCAUCACGGACUGGUUGGUUACGGGAAAGCCGCUCAGUGCCGCGGCGUUGAGCGGAUGCGCUCUGAUCGUCGUGGCGUUUUGCAUGCUCAGUUGGGCCACGUACAAGGAGAUGAAGGAGGAGGAACGAAAGAGGGAAGAGGAGGAAGACAAAGUCCUCGAGAUGAGUGAUGAGGGUGAAGAACUCGAGGAAGAAGAGGAGGAUGAGUUGGGUCGCAGGAGGGCGAGCUUGAGUAGUGAUGGAUGACAAAUGACCUUUUGAGUUCGUGUUGAAAUUCAUUUUGUGGUAUACAUAUAUAUAUACACCUGGGCUAGAAAAGAAGGUUUCACCAACCCCAGCCACUGGAGGUAUAUGUGUGUCUCCACACAUUCAUGUCGAGCGAGUCUGGGCAUUGUUGUGUUAUUGCAUUUUGCAUCAAUCUCGGGGGCGUUUGGGAGAAUUAGAACAAUUUGAAUUGUAUAGGGAAUUGGUACAGGAUGGGAAUUGGUGGCCGGCUCAGAGCCAAAUGCGUCUGUUGUAUCCGUACUGUAUGGUUGAUUAGAAAUACGAGAAAGAUAACUCGGGUACCUUUGGCACUCAGAUA